AUGUUGGUUGCUGCAACCACUUCACCGGCCGUUGGAUCAUUCCACCUUUCACGAUCUCCGAGCAGCAGGGGCAUGCCUCGAGUAACGAUGGCUGUCCGAUCUAAUGUUGUUUCAGUAGGCUCGAUCUUGACUAAGUUACAGCAAGACUGCGCAACUCCUUUGCCGGUAAUUCGCCACGUGGCCGAUGCCAUGACUGUUGACAUGCGAGCUGGGCUUGCUGUUGAUGGUGGCAGCGAUCUCAAGAUGAUUCUUAGCUAUGUUGAUAGCUUGCCUAGCGGAAAUGAGAAAGGACUGUUCUAUGCAUUGGAUCUUGGUGGCACAAACUUGCGGGCGCUGAGGGUGCAGUUAGGUGGGAAAGAAGAGAGAGUGAUUGCUACUGAAUUUGAGCAAUUAUCGAUUCCUCAAGAGCUCAUGUUUGGCACAUCUGAGGAGCUUUUCGAUUUUAUUGCAUCCACACUGGCUGGAUUUGCAGAAAAAGAGGGUGAAAAAUUUCACCUACCGCGUGGAAGGCAAAGAGAAAUUGGAUUCACAUUUUCUUUCCCUGUGAAGCAGACAUCCAUUGAUUCUGGCAUAUUAAUGAAGUGGACCAAGGGUUUUUCAGUCUCUGGAACGGCAGGGCGAGAUGUCGUUGCUUGUCUGAAUGAAGCUAUGGAAAGGCAAGGAUUAGAUAUGAGGGUGUCUGCCCUGGUUAAUGAUACUGUGGGAACUUUAGCGGGAGCAAGAUACUGGGAUGAUGAUGUCAUGGUUGCUGUUAUUUUGGGUACUGGAACUAAUGCUUGCUAUGUGGAACGGACGGAUUCCAUUCCAAAACUACAGGGGUCUAAGUCUUCUUCUGGAAGAACGAUUAUUAACACCGAAUGGGGAGCAUUUUCAAAUGGUAUUCCUUUAACUGUGUUUGAUAGAGAUAUGGAUGCAGCUAGUAUCAAUCCUGGUGAGCAGAUAUUUGAGAAGACAAUAUCUGGAAUGUAUCUAGGAGAAAUUGCACGAAGAGCUCUACUCACAAUGGCUGAAGAAGGAUCUUUGUUUGGCAUGUCUGUCCCGAAAAAACUAUCCACACCUUUUGCACUCCGGACACCAGAUAUAUGCGCAAUGCAGCUGGACAUUUCAGAUGAUCUUCAAGCCGUCGGUUCAAUUCUACAUAAUGUAGCUGGGGUUGAGUCCAGCUUAAGUGCAAGGAGGACUGUGUUAGGGGUUUGCGAUGCCAUUGUAAAGAGAGGUGGACGCUUGGCAGGUGCAGGAAUUGUUGGAAUUCUUCAAAAAAUGGAAGAAGAUUCAAAAGGUGUCAUCUUCAAUAAGAGAACAGUGGUUGCUAUGGAUGGUGGAUUAUACGAGCACUACCCUCAGUACAGAAGAUACCUGCAAGAUGCUGUUAACGAGCUUCUGGGGUUAGAAAUUUCCAAAAACAUAGUCAUAGAACAUUCAAAGGAUGGGUCUGGUAUUGGGGCUGCUCUUUUAGCAGCCACAAACUCCAAGUAUGAUCAUGACUUUUAG